AUGAAAGCCAGACAGCUUUCACACAGGAGUCCUGCAGGAAGGGCUAAAGAAUUAGACAAAAUAUGUCUAUUUCAAAUGGACUACAGUUAUCCCGUGCUGCCUAUUUUGAACAGUAGAGAAGAGUUAAUUUCCCUGAUUGAGAAUAAUUCUGUUGUAAUCAUACAUGGUGCGACUGGAAGUGGUAAAAGCACUCAGCUGCCACAGUUCAUCUUAGAUUACCAUAGUCAGAAAUCUGCAUAUAGUAAUAUCAUUGUUACACAACCACGUAAAAUUGCUGCACGCAGUAUUGCUACUUGGAUAAGCAAUGAACGCAACUGGACACUUGGAGGCAUAGUUGGAUAUCAGGUGGGAUUGGAAAAGAAGGCAACCGAAGAUACUCGUUUAAUUUACAUGACCACUGGAGUACUCCUGCAAAAGAUUGUUGCUGCGAAGAGCUUGGCAGAAUUCACACACAUUUUUAUAGAUGAGGAGGUGGUGAAACAUAAUGAUGAUUUCUUCUAUGAAACGCUCUUUCAAGAAUAUUGA